AUGUCGGCUCCUAAAACCAUCCCGAAAGAUGCUCAGGUGAUGAUGCAGGUCCUCAAGGACAUGGGCAUCACAGAGUACGAGCCCCGGGUCAUCAACCAGAUGUUGGAGUUCACCUACAGAUAUGUGACGUCAAUCAUAGAAGAUGCUAAAAUUUACUCGUCUCAUGCGAAAAAAUCAUCAGUCGACGCUGAUGACAUAAAACUGGCGAUUCAGUGUCGGAUGGACCAGAGCUUCACCUCCCCCCCACCACGCGACUUCCUCUUGGAGGUGGCUCGGCAGAAAAACCAGACUCCUCUGCCUCUGAUCAAACCCUACACUGGUCCCAGACUCCCACCAGACCGCUACUGCCUGACCGCUCCUAACUACAGACUCAAACACAAAAAGGUGGCGCCCUCUUCUGGACGUAUCACGGUGCCGCGCCUCAGUGUGGGAGCAGUGUCCAGUCGACCCAAUACCCCCACAAUCGGGUCAGGGGUCAAAGCGCCCGUGUCUCUCGCCACACAGAGGUUCACGGUUCAAAUCCCCAACGCACAGAGCCACGCCCCCAAGACCGCCUCGGCCACGCCCCCUGUUCUCAUGAGCUCGUCUUUGAUUGGACAAAAGACCCUCCUGAUGAGCAGCAGCAGCAGCCUGUCACAGACGAGCGAGGGACUGAAGCGAAAACACGAAGAUGAAGACGACUACGACAAUUUAUAA